AUGCCCCUGCCCGGCUACCUCGCCCCUGUCCUGCUCCUGCUCGUCGCAGGAGGGUCCCCGGGCCAGGCCUGGGCGCCCGGUCCCUGCAGGAGCCCCAGUGAGGCCGUGUGCAACUUUGCCUGUGACUGCCUGGACUGCUCGGACGAGGCCUGGUGUGACGCGCUCCCAGGCUACCGCGGGGCCGCCCCCCGGGGCGCGCCCUUCGCCUGCGACUUCGAGCAGGACGCCUGUGGCUGGCAGGACAUCAGCACCUCGGGCUACCGCUGGCUCCGGGACCGGGCCGGCGCGGUGCUGGAGGGUCCCGGGCCCCACGCGGACCACACUCGUGGCACUGACCUGGGCUGGUACAUGGCCGCGGGCGCCCGCCGCGGGAAGGAGGCGUCCGUGGCCUCCCUGCGCUCCCCCGUGCUGCGCCAGGCGGCCCCCACCUGUGAGCUGAGGCUCUGGUUCCUCGCAGCCUCCGGAGGUGUGGCUGAGCUGCAGCUGGCACUGACCCACGGUGCAGAGACGCUGGCCCUGUGGCAGAGCUCGGGGCCCUGGCGCUCCGGCUGGCAGGCGCUGGCUGUGACCACCGGCCGCAUCCCGGGCCCCUUCCGGGUGACCAUCUCUGCCACCCGCAACGCCACCCACAGAGGCACCGUGGCUCUGGACGACGUGGAGUUCUGGGACUGCGCGCUGCCCCGCCCCCAAGCCAGCUGCCCCCGGGGGCAGCACCACUGCGGGAACCAGGCCUGUGUGGAGGCCCAGCACGUGUGUGACGGCGAGGACAACUGCGGGGACGGCUCUGACGAGGACCCAGCCACCUGCGGCCACUUCACGGCCACGGACUUUGAGACAGGCCUGGGCCUGUGGGACCGCGCGGAGGGCUGGACCCGGAACCACAGUGCCGGCGGCCCUCUGCGCCCCGCCUGGCCGCGCCGGGACCACAGCCAGAACAGCGCCCGUGGCGCCUUCCUGACCUCCGUGGCCAAGCCAGGCGCCCCUGCCGUCCUAUCCAGCCCCGAGUUCCAGGCGUCGGAUCCCUACAACUGCUCGCUCGUCUUUUAUUACUACCUGCACGGGUCCGAGGCCGGCUGCCUCCGGCUGCUCCUGCGGACCCCUGGGCCCGGCGCCCCGCCGGCGCCCGUCCUGCUGCGAAGACGCCGCGGGGAGCUGGGCGCGGCCUGGGUCCGAGACCGGGUGGAUAUCCGGGCCUCCCAGCCCUUCCAGAUCCUCCUCGUCGGGGAGACAGGUCCAGGAGGCGUCGUGGGCCUGGAUGACCUCAUUCUGUCCAACCACUGCAGAGCAGUACCCGAGGGGUCUGCCCUGCAGUCGCCGCCUCCCGGGCCCCGGGCGCUGGCUCCCGCCACCCGGCCCUCUGGCCUGCGGCCCCAGGGUGUGUGUGAGCCAGGGCACCUCUCCUGCCAGGACCUGUGCGUGCCCCCCGAGCAGCUGUGCGACUUCCAGCCGCAGUGUGCCGCAGGCGAGGACGAGCGGGAGUGUGGCACCACCGACUUUGAGUCCGACUCCGCAGGGGGCUGGGAGGAUGCCAGCGUCGGGCGGCUCCAGUGGCAGCGGCUCCCCGCCCGGCGCUGGGGGUCUGCCACAGGUGCCAGCGGUGCCGCUCCCGGGCACUUCUUGUCUCUUCAGAAGGCCUGGGGGCAGCUGAGGGCCCCGGCCCGGGCCCUCACCCCCCCGCUGGGCCCUUCUGGCCCCCGCUGUGAGCUCCACAUGGCUUACUACUUCCACGGGCACCCCCCAGGCUUCCUGGCGCUGGCCGUGGUGGAGCGCGGCUCCCGGGAAGUGGUGUGGCAGGCCCCGGGCGGCAGCUCGGGGAGCUGGACGGUGGACAAGGUCCUUCUGGGAGCCCGGCACCGGCCCUUCCGGCUGGAGCUGGUCGGCUUGUUGGACUUGGAUGGCCCUGGCCAGCAGGGGGCUGGAGUGGACAACGUGACCACGAGGGACUGCAGCCCCACAGUGACCACCGGGAGAGACCAAGAGGUCUCCUGUAACUUUGAGCGGGACGAGUGUAGCUGGCACACGGGCCACCGCACAGACGCCCACUGGCGCCGGGUGAAGAGCCACGGCCCUGGCUAUGACCAUACCACUGGCCAAGGCUUCUUCAUGCUCCUGGACCCCACAGACCCUCCUGCCCAAGGCCAAGGAGCCCACUUGCUCACGGGGGUGCAGGUGCCAGCAGCCCCCGAGGAAUGCCUCAGCUUCUGGUACCACCUGUACGGACCCCAGAUCGGGACACUGCGCCUGGCCCUGAGGAGGGACGGGGAGCAGGACACAUGGCUGUGGUCCCGCACGGGCACCCACGGUAACCGCUGGCACCAGGCCUGGGCCACCCUCCACCACGGGCCUCUGCCCGGCCCCAAGUACCAGCUGCUGUUCGAGGGCCUCCGGGACGGGUACCGAGGCACCAUGGCCCUGGACGACAUGGCCGUGCGGCCCGGCCCCUGCUGGGCUCCCAGGAGCUGUUCCUUCGAGGACUCCGCCUGUGGCUUCUCCACCGGAGGCCGGGGCCUGUGGACGCGCCAGGCCAAUGCCUCGGGCCAGGCCCUCUGGGGCCCCCGGACAGACCACACCACCGAGACGACCCAAGGGCACUACAUGGUGGUGGACACCAGCCCAGAGGCGCUGCCCCAGGGCCAGGCGGCCUCCUUGACCUCAGCGCCCCACCCGCCGCUGGCCCGACCCAGCUGCCUGACCUUCUGGUACCACCUGAGUCUCCGAAGCCCAGGGGCGCUGCGGGUCCACGUGGAGGAGGGCAGGAGGCGGCAGGUGCUCAGCCUGAGCGCUCCCGGGGGACGCGCCUGGCGCCUGGCUGGUGUGGACUUGCGAGCCGAGAGGACCUGGAGGGUGGUGUUCGAGGCGGUGGCGGCGGGCGUGGAGGACUCCUACGUGGCCCUGGAUGACCUCUCCCUCCACGACGGGCCCUGCGCCAGGCCGGGGUCCUGCGACUUCGAGUCUGGCCUGUGUGGAUGGAGCCACCUGGCCUGGCCCAGCCUGGGCGGGUACAGCUGGGACUGGAGCGGCGCGGCCAUCCCUUCCCGCUACCCCCAGCCCGCGGUGGACCACACCCUGGGCACACAGGCAGGCCACUUUGCCUUCUUUGAGACCGGCGUGCUGGGCCCCGGGGGGCGGGCGGCCUGGCUGCGCAGUGAGCCUCUGCCCGCGACCCGGGCCUCCUGCCUCCGCUUCUGGUACCACAUGGGCUUCCCGGAGCACUUCUACAGGGGGGAGCUGAGGGUGCUCCUCAGCACCGCCCGGGGCCAGCUGGCCCUAUGGGGCCAGGGCGGGCACCAGCGGCACCAGUGGCUUCAGGCCCAAGUUGAGGUGGCCAGCCCAGAAGAGUUCCAGGUUGUGUUUGAAGCCACUCUGAGUGGGCAGCCGGUCGGGGGGCCCAUCGCCCUGGAUGAUGUUGAGUACCUGGCCGGGAGGCCCUGCCAGCAGCCCGCACCCAGCCAAGGGACCACGGCCAUGCCGGUGCCGGUGCCAGCUGCGGUGGCCGGAGCGCUCGUCUUCCUCGCGCUCCUGGGGGUGCUGGGGCUGGGCGCCCGGCACUGGCUGCAGAGGGGCUUCUCCCGCAGGGGCACAGACGCCGCCACCCCUGGCUUUGACAACAUCCUGUUCCACGCGGACCGAGUCACUCUCCCAGCAUCUGUCACCAGUAACCCGUAGACCACUCAGACAUGGCCGUGGCCCCGGCACUUGGCCAGACCUCAGCCAAGAAAUUGGAGAUGGCCCCCUCCAGGCUGGGUCACUCAGUGGGACGCGCCACCCUUCCGGGGGCCCUCUUCCCAUCCAGUGACUGCCUCCCCGGUGGCCGAGGGGCUGUGAUACUGUGAAUAAACUCCAGUGCCCAGGGGCGGCU